UUGCUGGUAUCAUGUGCGCUCAUAUUUAGCUUUGACUUCCUCAUAUGUUCGACACAGGCUCAUUCUGAGAGUGGCACGGAGUGGAGACACUCGCAACCCUACACGUUCCCUCGGCACCCUUCUGAUCCGUCAAGCUAGAGAACCCGCCCCCUCAGAGGCAUACACACAUCUCUUCCACAAACAGUAGGCGCCAACGUGGAAACCAUAAGACAGACAGACCGAGGGCAGCCCAGAGGUUUCCCCAUCAAGACAAAGGAAGGUGGCAUAGACUUACUAUACACGCACGCGCGCACACACGAGAGAAGACAGAGGACACUCCAACGCAUACUCAUCAAGGCAAGCUCUGGACACAGGCGAGCGCCCAUCUCCCUGGUGUGGUGACAUGGACCGGCAGCAGAGCAAAGUGAGGCAUUUUCUGAAGCUCGGCUACUCCCAUUCAGACAUCUUGAGGGUCCUGCAGAGUCUACAGCACGAUGCUCAGACCAACGACAUACUGGAGGAGCUCAUUAAAACCUGCCGCACUACCACCAGUGGCCACACGGGGGCAGAGAGGGCCCCAAACAGCAGUCCUCAACUCGUACCCCGAGGAUGUAGCUCCCCACAGCAGCAGACGCAAGCAGACCCACACGGUCAACAGCACAUGCCACCCGACACACAUGCAUCCAGCCGUUUCAGGCCGGUGGUCAUAGAUGGGAGCAACGUGGCAAUAAGCCAUGGGAACAAGCAGGUGUUUUCGUGCCGGGGGAUCCAGCUGGCCGUGCAGUGGUUCUGGGAGCGGGGCAUUCGCGACAUCACCGUCUUCGUGCCUCUCUGGAGGAAAGAGCAGUCGCGACCGGAGGCUCCAAUUACAGACCAACACAUACUGAAUGAGCUAGAGAGAAGAAACGUCCUUGUUUACACACCUUCGCGCUGCAUUAAGGGCAAGAGGGUCGUGUGCUACGACGAUCGCUACAUCGUCAAACUGGCGUACGACUCGGACGGCAUCAUCGUAUCCAAUGACAACUACCGUGACCUGCAGCUGGAAAAACCACAGUGGAAAAAGUUCAUCGAGGAGAGGCUGCUGAUGUACACUUUCGCCAACGACAUGUUUAUGCCACCAGAUGAUCCACUGGGAAGAAAUGGACCAACAAUUGAGAAUUUCCUCAGGAAGAAGCCAACGGGAACUGAGAACAAUCAGCAACACUGCCCUUACGGAAGGAAGUGUACCUAUGGGGUGAAAUGUAAAUUCUACCACCCAGAGCGCUCCAACCAAUCUCAACUCUCUGUGGCAGAUGAGCUAAGAGCAAAGAGUCAGCCAGACAGUGACAGCAGGGUGUUUUCUCCCUCUACACACUUCACACAUGAUCAUUUUAUAAACACCAUCCCCAGAUACGCCAACACCACCACCAGUGAACCCACCCUGCACACGAGAUACAAGGCCACAGCAUACCAGGACGAGCUAGCCCUGUCCGAACUUGACCUCUACAACAGCCCACGAGACAUAACAGGAAGUCCGGCCUACCUGCAGAGGUCACUUCCGGCUUUGUGCAAGAGUACCAAGAGCGAUCAAGCGUACGGCUCCCUAGAGAGCUCCUUGUCCCGGCUUUACCUCAGUGACUCCGCCCUUCAAACCUCACUGGCCUAUAGCAGCGGCUGUGUGGCAGGAAGUGACAGCAAUUACUUCCUGUCCAACAGUUCACACACAGGGAACUGUAGGCGGGCACAUAGCCCUGGGUUUGGCACGCUUUCACACCGUCAGCACGCCCACUCCGAUUUGAGCCUCAGCUAUGCUCGCUCACCUUACACGCUCCAUGGAUGCAAGUCUCAUAGCCCCUAUAACAGACUCAUGGCCUCGUUUUAUAACGAACCCCUGCCCUACCCUGGUUCUAAGGCUCAACAGGCAAGCUACAGUAUAUUACCAGAAGUCAGCUGGGGUCAGGCCAGGAACAGAGAAGGGCAUGAGGAAGUGACUGAAAAGAGGAUAGAUGUGAGAUCACAGCUCAGUACAAUCUUCCCUCAGAACAUAGUGGACCAGGUUAUGAGCUUAUAUCCACACACACUGGACACCACAGAGCUGGUUGCACUAAUACUGAAAUACAGGAAUAGCCAAUCGCUUUGAGAUGCAAUACUGCAAACGUUUUAAGGUGAAUCAAACUGAAGAUCUUUAUUCAGAAUUGUGAUGACUAGAGAUCUGCAGUCAUGAUCACAAGAACAACUUGGUUAAACAUGUCUGGGUCGAGUUAGAAGCAUUACCAUGAACAGCUCAGCAGCUGUGUGGUGGUUUAAUACUCAUCAAUGAGGCAACUAAAAAAAUGGCUGGUUAUUUCCUGUUGGGACUAUGGGAGCUCACUGCAUAAUGUAGCAUUUUAGUUUUUAUUACUUAAUUCUGAUGAAACUUAUUAUAGGUUCUCCGUACAGAACACUUUACUUGAUCCCAAUCCUCAGCGUUCUUGAGUUUAAGAACUUUGCACAAAGUGCCUAGUAACUAGAAACUUUUGUUAGUAUGUGUGCUCAUGACAAUCCCAAUUCAUGCUGAAAUGUUCCUCAAAAUGUUCAUUUUACACAACAGCUCAUGUUUGUCCAUGUGUCCACGUGCAGAUUACAGUCUCACGUACCGGCAUCAUAUAGGGACUCACUGAAUACAUUUUUUGAGGUGUUGAUCACUCUCUAAACAACAACAACUUGCCUGGGAAUUACUGAAAAUGGUUUUGGGCUGGAUAUCAGUCUUGUUGGCAUAAUGCUAACUGCUCAGUACCAUUAGCAUCCAUUCAUUGCUAGCGAUGAUAGCAUUCUUUUUUUUUUCCUUUGAAUGUAAAUGUAAUUAUGGAAGUAAUUUCACCGAAAGUAAGUGUACUCUGACUGACAGUUAUGGAAAAGCGGAGGAAGCUGAUGCAGAUACUUAGGACAGUGUUGCAGAACAACCAGAAUAGUAAGCUGUGACCUUGCAGCCUUGAAGCGGUUCCCACAUGUGUAGGGAAGUAAGUCAACAUUGACAGAGAUCAUUUUAAAUCACAGCAGUGUGUUGUUUUGUAACCUCAAAAUGAGGCUCUGUUACUGCUAGGCAGUGUGGUACACCUAGCAAAAAACAAAACAAAAACAAAAAACAACAAAAACAUUUUUUUUAAUCCUUACUGCUACCUGUACUGUCCAUAUGUGCUUUAAAUAUAUGCCAUUACAUGCAAA